AUGAAAUCUGGUGGUUUAUUAACUACUUUAGAAUUGGUUCAAACUUUUCUUCCUAAUAUAUCCGGUUUACACGUUGAAGAUAGUUUGUCUUUUUGUCAUGUUUGUCAUGUUGGUAAAGAAGCCACCACUGAACAAGUGGCUGAUUUAAUUUCAAUUAAUCAUUUAGACAAACUAAUGUUAGAUUCCGAUCAUUACGCUUUUAAUGAUGAUUUAUUAGAAAUUAUUACCAAAGAUUCUCAUUUAAAACUUUUGUCGAUAAAUGGUUCAAAUUUUACUGAUGAUGGUGUAUUAAACCAUAUCAUACCAAAUCUUAAAAAUGAUCUGGUGGAAUUUUCGGCUGGUUUUGGUGGAAUGAAUCCUGUGUCCUUAACUGGUAAUUCUGUUAUAGCUCUUCUUGAACAUUGUCCAAAUAUAAGACGAAUGUCUUUGGAAGGUGUAAACCUUAACGAUUCGGAUUUCGCUGUUGAAGAUUUACCUUCAAGUCAACUUGAACAUCUUCGUUUAGGCAAAGCAUGCCAUCAAAACUUUACAACAAAUGGUCUAUUCUCUUUAUUAUCUACUUGUAAUAAGACUUUAAUUUCACUUGUAUUAGACUUGGAUCAUUUAUCUCAAUCUGCACUUCAAGAGAUUAUUAUUCCUUUAUUUCAACGUCAAAAAUUACAAGAAAUACAUUUGGUUUCUGAAUCAUGGGCUGAAUGGAUCGCUUAUUACCCUAGACCUAGAUCUGAACAAGAAGUUAAAGCAAAAGAAGCAAUGUGGCGUUGGAAAUUAAAAGCUUAUUGGGGUUUAUCUGCCGAUUUGAUAAAUUUGGUGGGUAAAAAGAUUUCUACCCUAAAAGUUUUUAGUAUUCUGGGCGAAAAUCAUUUAAAAUCUUUUCCCAUAUUUUAA